AUGGGUGAUUCGGAAGAGGAAAAAGAACGAAAGAGGGACAAGGUGGGAGAAUUCAUGAAAAAGAACUUGAACAAGGGAGAACUCGCUUUGAAGCAUGCGGUGGGUCUUGGGGGUCAACCAAAUGUGGUCCCUGUGACGCAACCCGUUGUCCAUGGACCACCUCGACCAGUUGAAGUUGGUUGGCAUCCAGUUGGUGGUUUCGCAGGGAAGUGGUUCGCUGAAGAGACUGGAUUGGGUAAAAUGAUUACUGAAAAGAUUAACAAAUAUCCGGACCCGACACAACAUUGGGCAGUCUUGGUUGGUGACUAUGCUCAUCAGCUGUGGAUGGAUGAAAACUUUGAUGUCAUUUACACGAAUGCAAAGGUCGAUCGGGAGGAGUGGCGUACGUUUCCAGUUGGAGAGACGCGAUUUAAUGAUGAUGCACUCAGAAGAGCUGGCGAGUCCGUAAUUCAAAGCAUUAGGGAAAGGCAGCCCACAUACAACCUCAUCACCAACAACUGCCAAACAUACGUGCUGCAGCUUCUCGAUGCGAUCAAGGUUGGUGUGAACAAAGAGUUCGGCACAACCCUAGCCGUUUACGAGAGAGUCUUUGGUCCAGGAAAGAUUAAAGAUUUGUUCGAAGGUGAAGAAACAGAGGAACAUCACCAGCAGCAAAUAGAGCACGGACCGGAAGCAGGACCAGGAAGGUCGGAUACAGUCAACUUGGCACAGGAUGUCAUGAACCAAAACACGACUCAGCUUGAUACAGAGAGGGAGAUGGAGAGACAUGAAGAUGAGAAGAAGGAGAAAAAGAAAGGUUUCUUCUCUCAUUUUAAAUCUCGAUCGUGGUCUUCUAAAAGUUAA